AUGUGGAUGGGGUCGCUCCGUCGUGAAAUGGGUCGGUGCCGAGCACGUCGCUCACUUUGCGCAAGCUCUCGCUGGACGCACGGCGCUUGCUGCUCGUGCCGCUGCAGCCGUCCGUUGGCGGUCUCGUGCUCCCGAUCGCCGUGUUUUGCGACAGCCGGCGACUUUUUCUCGUUUGUGUUUGUCGUGUCGUACGUGCAGCUCGUGACGGGUCUCUUGGUCGCGCUCGUCAAGGAGAAGGAAACGAAAGCCCGCGAAAUGACGAAGGUCCUUGGCGUCACCGACGGUGCGUUCGUCGCGUCCUGGAUGCUCACGUACUGCGUCCUCGUCUUCGUG